UGACGUUACUGACAUUUCUACUAUUGCCCUUUAAGUUCGAUAAGUAAACAUUGCGAUUAAAUUGUAAAACUGUUUAUGAUUUUUUAGUUUUUUUAUUUGAGUGAAAUGAAUUUGAAUGAACCUUUUUUAAAUGCGGGCGGUUUUAAGGUUCCAUUAAUCGGUCCGCCAGUGAGAAAUGGAAGAAGGUCGCGUAGCCGGCCUUCGUCCAGUCGGACGUCCGAGUUGCCAUGGGGAAAAAGUCAUGAAAGUUUGAUUUUGAAUUCAUCGUCAAACAAGAAAUCCAACUCAUCACGUUCCAGUGGAGACCAUGAAGAAGAAAAAAUCAUUGUGGCAAUAACUGAAGGUAGAGGAGAAGCUAGAUGUGAAGUGGGAAUCGCAGCUGUAAACGUAUCAAGGCCAGUGUUGGUCUUAUGCCAGACCUCUGAUUCCCAAAGCUACAUAAACACUUUAACCAAAUUGAAUUUCUUUAAUCCUCAUAUGAUUGUAUAUCCUGCCACAUUUGAAGCUGGCUCUAACAGCAGACUUAUAACGGAAAUACGAAAGUUCUUCCCUAAUAAAAAGCUCAUCCCCAUACCCAGGAAAGCUUUUAAUAAAGCAAACGCAUUGGAUAAGCUGUAUAAAAUUUGUAUCACCAGCAGCUUUCCACUUCUUAUUAUGAUCAAAAAUAGAUAUUAUUCAUUGGCAGCAGCUUCAGGACUAUUAAAUUAUCUUCAGGAUAGCAUGUUUAUUUACUAUGCCAGCCAAACUAUUAAAUUGGAAUAUCAAGCAUCAGAAGGUUAUGCUAUAAUUGAUGUUGCUACUGCUGAUAGACUAGAACUAGUCUGCAGCAACCAGCCUGCAGAAGCGAAUAAAUAUUCGUCGCUUUUUGGCAUAAUGAACAGAUGUCUCACCAGGGUUGGAUCUAGGAAUUUACGAUCCAUUAUCUUACAACCGCUUUAUUUUAAUGACAAGAUUGAUGAGCGGUUGGAUUGCGUACAGGAGUUGAUUAAAAAUCCGGAAAUUUUGAUUUCUGUACAGGGAGUUUUGCCAAAAUUAUCAAGCGUCGACCAACUUUUAUCCUUAAGCACUUUGGUGCCUGAUCAGCCUCAAAGGUGCACGAACAAACAGCUCAACUAUUUGCUCCUAUUAAAAAGCGUAGUGGACGCACUCUAUCCGUUAAACGAAGCCUUAAAGCGUGCCAAUCAACCCUUUUUUGAAAAUUUAAGGGAAAUCUUGGGACAUUCCGAUUUUGAGACUAUCAAAAACGUUAUCAGGGAAGUUAUACAUGAAGAAGCAUUCCAAGCAAAGGGCCAGCAGGGUGAUCAGCAACGAAUUUGGGCAAUAAAACCAGGUAUAAAUGGACUUCUGGAUUUAGUAAGGAAAACUUAUUCGGAAAGAAUAGAAGACAUGAGAGAAUACACUAAAAGAUUGAGCCAAAAGUAUGACUUACCACUUACUUUGGCCAACAAUUACAAGAAAGGCUAUCAUAUUUGCUUGACCUUAAAUCAGAAUCAAAGAAAUCAUAUGAAAAAGUCUGAUCUACCAAAAGAGUUUAUUCAGAUUUUUAGGUUAUCAAACAGUUUUACCAUGAAAACAGUAGAACUAGUGAAUUUGUCUACCAGAAUCGAUGAUAUAUUGGCCGAUCUGUUUACACUUAGUAAUUUAAUGAUUCAUCACAUAAUAGUAAAAAUCAAGCAAUACGCUCCAUUAUUCUACAAGUUAGUUGAAGGAAUAUCAUAUUUAGACGUGCUGCAAUCAUUGGCGGAAGCCAGUUAUUCCAACGGUUGGAUUAGACCGACGUUUGGCGAUUACACUGAAGUUACAUUCGGACGUCAUCCUUUACUUGAUUUUCUUUGCCAGAAAAAACCCAUAUCUAAUCCCGUGGUAUCUUGUGAGCACUAUAACCUUCAUAUCAUAACUGGUCCCAAUGGUGCUGGAAAAAGCAUUUUUAUUCGCCAAGUGAUGCUUCUACAAAUUAUGGCUCAAACAGGUUGUUUCGUUCCUGCUCAGUCAGCCAUUUUCAGAUCGGCAGACAAAAUGUUCGCGAGAAUAUCAAACGAUGACGAUAUGGAAAGCAAUGCAUCGUCUUUUGUACUUGAGAUGACAGAAAUCAACUACAUCCUCACUACAAUGACUGAUCGAUCUCUCAUCAUCAUCGAUGAAUUAUGCAGAUCAACAUCUCUUGAAGAGGGUACUGCGAUGGCAAUGGCAAUCUGUGAAGAACUAGCUCUCUCCAAAGCCUAUACGUUCGUCACCACUCACUUUACUUUACUCACGAAGCUCUAUGAUCUGUUUUUCAACUUAAAAGUAUGGCAACUAGAGACGAUUCCAUCGGGAGAUCCUUCUAACCCAAAAACAAUGAAACUUGACUUUAAGUUUAGUUUAGUACCGGGAGUUACUACUUUAAAGGGAUAUGGAAUUUAUAUGGUUAGAGGCAUUUGGCCACAAGAUGUUAUGAGACACGUUGACGAAAUACAGCAGUCCUAUAGUGAAACUACUAAGGAUCCGACUUUCCCAACUGUGGACAAACGUGCUCGCCUCAAGUAUAACCUGCAAUGUAAAUUUAAAAAAUUAAAUAAUCAGAGAAAAAUUACGCUCUCAAAUAUAAACGAAUACAUGCAACAAUACCAAAAAGAUAUGGAACAAAUCGACGAAGAGUGUAGAAAGUUUUCGGAAGAGUUUUCUCAGAGAAUCAUGGAACAAAUUCAACAAGAAUCCGAAGCGAAUAAACAAACCAGACCUUUGGACCAUUCAGUAUUUGACACUCAAGACCAAUAUCUAAACUAUAACCACAUAACAUCUGGAGAACUAUCCAAAAUAUUCAUAGAUGAUUUAAACCAGUGUCCUAACGUAAUUGGAUUUGACCAGACCGAUCAAGAAGAAGGCAUUCAGUAUAAUCAAGAAACGAUGAUUCCCAUGCCUCCCGCUUCCACUGAAGCCAAAAUGUUCGAAAUGUACGCUCCCGACCAAAAUCUAGAUCCUUCCAACUCCGAGGUAUCUCAGUUGACUAUCGAACCUGAUAUCCAUAUGAGAUUAGAUACGAGUUAUGGAAGUUGUGGCCUGAAUUUUACUCAAAUGGCCCUGGGACUUGAUGCCGAACAAAGAGCAAGACAAGGAGCACAAGAAUCCCCUAUGCCACAAUGCUUUGAUGCAACUUAUGGACAGUGUAACCUUAAUUUUACACAAAUGGCCAUGGGGCUCGAUGUGGGACAACAAAUAGCUGAAGAACCAACUGCACCAGGAUGCUUUGAUGCGACUUAUGGAGAGUGUAACCUUAAUUUUACUCAAAUGGCCAUGGAGCUUGAUGCUAAACAAAGAGGAAAAUUAGUAAAAGAGCCAGUUGCGCCAGGGUGCCUUGAUACGAGUUAUGAAGGCCAGUGUGGCCUUAAUUUCACCCAAAUGGCUUUGGGACUUGAUAAUAGGCAAGAGAGAAGAGAGCUGACAGAACUAUCACCUAGGCCAGGUUAUUUUGAAACGACUUAUGGAGGCCAAUGUGGUCCAAAUUUUACACAAAUGGCCAUGGGCCUCGACGCUGAACCAGGAGGAAGACAAGUGGCAAUGGAUCCAUCUAUGCCAAGUGGAUUUAAUGAAAAUUACCAACAAGGAAGAAUACCUGUGAAUUCAUACAAAACUUACGAACAUUAUGGAAAUCUUGAAAGAAGUAUAGAGAACAUUUCACCUAUAGCUAAGUGUUACAAUCCGGCAGAAAUCGCUCCUAAAACUGCACCAAAAGCCUCACCAUUCAUUCGUCACUUCGCGCCGCCAUUACUCAGAGACAUUAGAAAAACUUCUACACCCCUCAUGAAAAAGUUACAAUGCAAAAAUUCGUCGUCGUACAUUAACCUGACGUCACCCAAUGGUGAAAACUUCACCAAAAUCACCACACCCAAGAUAACGUUCACUUUACCAGAAAAUGUGCCAGAAGAUUUGGAUAUUAAUUCAUUAGCUGAAGAUUUGGAGUCGUUGGCAGAUGAUAUUCAACGAGAUGAUGAAAUUGAUGCUGGAAAUGAAGAACCAUGUAGAAAUGCUUAUGAAAAUUUUGAGCCAAUAGCAAAUAAUAAUAAUAAACACAUUUUUCCACGUGUUAGAAUUUUAGUUGGCCCUAACCAACCGAGUUCAGAGGAAGAUAAUAGGGCUCAUAGUUCUGAAUUUGGUCAAGGGAUAAUAGUAAGACCUAUCGUGAAAGGUCUUUAUCCAACGGAGGAACCGACAAAAAUGAAGAUAAAUGAAGAUGUUCCAGCUGAAACUGUAGAAGAGAAAAAUAACAAAAACGAGAACAAAAUUGAAGAGAAAUCUCUUCAAAAGGGAACUGAAGUAGAACAAUUAAUUGAAGCGUUUAACAGUUUAUCAAACCCAACAAAAAUUGGAAGGGAUAAAAUGAAACCACUAGAAGAAAUUGCCAAUGCAGAUAAUCAGAUCAAUGAAAAUUUAAGUCAGGAUGAAGGCAAAAAUAUGGAAAAACAAAGUACCGAUGUUGAAGAAAUGAUAAAGGCAUUCAAUAGAGCAUCAGAAGGAACUGAGCAGAACACAAAUGAGAGAAAGGAAUUCCAAGCAGAACCAGACCUUAAAAAUAUAGAAACUUCUAUAGCUACUAAUAUAGAUAAAGAUCCAGAAUAUAUUAAAAAUAUGAUAAAUGCAUUUAACAAAGCAUCCGAAGGAAAUGAUUUGACGGAAAUUCCGAUAUUGCAAGAAAAUGAUAAAAAAGAAAUAAACUGUAAACAAAUCAAAGAAAUAGUCAUCGACACUCAGGCGGAAGUAUACUUUACAGCAGAUUCCAAUAGUGACUUCAGCUAUUCUCCUUUGGUGCCCAGAACUCAAACUGAGAAUACUUCUUUAGAGUUAAAAAACCUACCAGAACCAGACGUAGUAAACACUGAUGUUAAUAAAAGUAAUCCAAACGACAUGGACUGGGACACUGCUACCAUACAAUUAAAUGCAAGUCCAUCAAUCUCUAAAUUAGAAGGCAGUUUAACUCAGCAAUAUCAAACUGAUGUACCGCUUGUUGAAAAUCAUUUGAAAGUGGAAGUGGUGAUGGAACAUAAUUCAAAUCCAGAAGAAAAUAAUGUCAAUAUCGUCAGUGAUAUUUCUCACAAGCAAACGUUAGCAAAUUCGGGAGUUGAAGUUGUUGAGAUUAAAGAAAACCAAAAUAUUUCACCAGAUAUAUUUGAAGAUGAUGCUUAUAAAGACAAAUCGACAAAUGCAUUAAUCGAACCCAGCAAAAAGAUUGAAGUGCAUAAUGUGAUCGUUAUAAGAGGGCCAACAGAAAUAACAAAUGACGUUUCCUUUGAUACAUGUAAUACCACUUGCUUGCUUGAAUCUUUUAAUGAAAAAAUAAUCAAAGAUGGUGAAACUUUCACCAAAAAGGUUGAAAAUAUUAAUGAAAAUAACCAGAAGGAAAGUCUUUCCAAGGAGUCCAAGAAAGGAAAUAGUACCGCAGACAAUAAAUUGGAUACUAUUAGCAAGGUCGAAUCUUUAACUGAAGCAAACCCGAUUAUCGUUAAUAGGACAACUUCUUUAGAAAUGAGGCCAUUACUGAACAGAAAAACUGCUGAAAAGAGACAAAUUGAUAAUCGAUCCCCUGAAGAAACGACAUCAAACAAUAAAACAACCAAAAAGCUUAGACCGUCCAGCGGUAUCUCAGCGAAAGAAAGCUCCGAUUCUUCGAAAUCAGCAGAUGUAAAAGAUAAGACAGAGUUUACAAGUAUAUCAGAGGCGUCGAGACUGAGGAAUCUGGAAGGUGAAACGACUAAUACCAGCUCAAGUAAACCAGAGAAUGUUGAAAGUAAUAUAGAAACGUGUGAAGAAGGACUCUCGGAUCUUUCAAGAAAAAGAAACUUAGAUGGCGAAGGCACCAAUAGUACGAGUUCCCGUCAAGAACGUAUUACAUCCUCUACCAGUAAAGAAAGGUUUUCCAAUUCAGACAAACCUAAGCGACAAAAGAAAAAAGUUUUCAGGAAAUUCAAGGCUCCAAUAAAAAAAUCUAGCGAACAUUUAAUGCAAAAGAAGACUAUUAUUGUUAAUAGCAGUUCGGACGAAAUGUUGUCUGCUGCUGAGGAUACUAAAGCGGUCUCGACCGGUCCAUUUAAUUCUGGAUUAAAACCAGGUCAUUCUCAAUGGACUACUGACCCAUCGAAACUAAGUCAAAAGGCAAUAAGAUCGGAAUUUUUAGAGCAAGAUAAGCGAUUUUUCGAAACUAGCGGUAGCUCUCUGGAAUUGGCAAAGUUGUGGGAGGAGCGAUUAAAAAGACCCCCGAGACCUACCCCGAAACAAAUACAACAGACCACUUGUGUGGCCACUAUAAGAAAAACUCAUGAAGGUGUCGAGGUUAUUCCCAGUGAAACUCAAAAACCGAGAAACACAAAAGCGAAAUCGAAUUCGUGGCUUUUCCAGCCCCAUCCCAAGAUGAACAUGAACAUAUUCAGCGAUCAAAACGCGGACACUUUCGACGAGUUCAUCAAAUCGAAAAAUAACGAUUACAAAAUGUUCAAUUUCAAGUUGGAGUACGGCCAAACGAGUCCUGUCAACAGUCAAGAAAAGAUGUUUGACUUUAAACAGGUGAAAACGGCAACUUCGGAAUAUACCGAAAACAGUCAGUCGUGGACGUUUGUCCGAAGAAGUCAGGAUAACAAUGGAACGAUGAAUUUCCAAUUUAAACCUGAUUUUAUCACGUUUGAUAAUUCUUCUUCUCAAAAUUCCAGAGAUCAUCGAAAUGAUAUCUCUAGUUUGUUGGGAAAUUAUAGAAAAGUUUAAUAUAAAAAUAGUUUUUAGUUGGUUUUUAGAAUUUUGUUUGUUAAAUAAAAUCGUUUGGUAAUUUAA